AUGUUUCGGCGUGUAGAAAACACCAUGAAGGCGGACCCGUCAUACCCAGCUGACCUCAAGCAACUCGGCUUCUUCAUCAACGACACAGGUCACAUACGCAUGAUCGAUGCACCAGACAAGCCUCACACCUACUGCGUCACUAACAACGAGCGUGUCAACGAAGUCCGCUGCGAGGCUAUGCACACUUGCCAGCGGAGGGAAGUUGAAGCACGACUAUCUCGUCUCGGACUCAACCGCAUCUAUCUUCCACAGUUCACUACAGAGAAGCCCGACGGACCGAGCAUACCUAUUCUUGCCCCUGAGCUCGAGACGCUAAAGACGCGCAAGCAAAUCGUUGUACUCAUCAACGACACCCAAAAAGACCUGGGUAUCUUGUCAUAUUCUCAAUUAUCAAGAGAGCUCGGUAUCAAUGGCGGAUCAGUCGUCAACUUUGCCAAGCAAAUGAUCAAGCGCUCUGGUACAAACAACACUGACGAACAAGCCGCCGCCAUCUUCAAAGAUAACUACGAGCUCGAUGACAAAAGCACCGCACCCGGCUUGAUCAUCUUAAACCCAUCUCAACUUCUCUAUUCCCACAAGCACAACCAAGCCAUGACCCUACGCAGCUGGUCCGCCAUGCCACGCAAAUCCAUCGCCCACGACAUGAUCCGCAUCCACGACUCCAACUCGAUCCCCGGCCACCUCACCCCAAAAGCCCACAUCAAAACCGUCUUCGAUGAGCUCCUCUACAACCCCACCCGCACCGCCGCCGACACCGAACUCUCCAUCAUCGCCAUCGAAAAUAGUACCGAAGCCCUCCUUUCCAUUCUCGCAGAAGAUUUUGAGAAAUACACACCCGGCAUCACCGCCAUAGCCCUCGUCCACUGCACCCUCGACGCCUCGCAAAUCACGCACCGCGGCCUACGCGCCUUCGUGCGCCAGCGCGCGCGCCAGUGGCGCUUCAACAAUGCCACGGCGAACCCGCUGCACUGCAUUGCUAUGCCCGAGUCACACCACGAGCAUGUAGUCACCAACGAUGAAGACGACGACGACGACGACGACAAGGCAGGGGUAGAAUGGGCUUCUGGGACUGAAGUCCCGUGUCCUACAUUUGCGGGUGGUGAUGGCGCGCUGGGAGAAGAUGUGUUUGUUGAUGCUGCGGUGCAAGAUGCUGUGCUGGCGUUUUUCCAAGAGGCAAGAUGUCAAGGGGCGGUUUUGGGUGAGAAGGCAAGAGAGGGUCACGUGUGGAAGCCGCAGGUUGAAGGGCCGCAGGUGGCUUUUGCAGGCACCAUGGUGGAUAGCGGGUUACUCAAAGCAGCGGGGUUGAUGGAUUGA